AUGCCAGAAGCAUUGAUGACAGCUGCUGCUGUUUCUCUACAUGCCCGAACCUCCUCACUUGUAAGGGAGGAUUCUAAUCAAGAAGAAUCUUGUUCUUCUUGUGGUACAACUGCUCAUUCGCAGCAAACCUUAUCUUCAUCAUCCUUGUCAUCCAAUCUUCAAUGUAUCAUCUCUUCGCAAGAUUCUGAACUCGUCACACAUGAAUUAUCCACUGCUACUGCUAGUUCGAGUUGUUGUAUCGUUACAGAAUGUAGUUUGAAUUCUACAACAACCUCUGCCAACUCUUCCAUGGAUAAUGCCACUCAAUUCUUGGCAUUGACUUCAGGAAGUACACUUUCUGAGGACUCUCAACGAAUUUUGUGUGUGCCAAACGCUGGAGGAAAUUCUGUAUUUUCUGAAGUCCUCUCGUUUGAAUUCAUCAAAAUGUUGAUUGAGAGUUUGUGUGCUUCCAUUCGAGUUUCUCUUCAUAAAACAGAAAUGGAAUUGGUGUAUAAAGAGGGAAGCAAGAUCACAGACAUGUGUAUCGCCCUUAAUAAUACCAUGACCAAUGAAACAACGUUAAUGGGAUGUUCUGUCACACGAUGUUUCAAUUUCAUGAAUUUAGAAGAAGUUGUGAGCGAUGUCUCGAUCAAGCUAUUAUUGAAGAAGAAAUUAAGUGGAAUUAUUGACUCUACAAACGGAGUCAUUGGUGAUCAAUGGACGAGACAAAUUUUGCAUAUUUGGACUUCAAACAUGCAAACUGCUCAAUCCAUUAAGAGAAUUUAUGAAACUGAAAUUUCUGAUGAGCUCAAAUCUAAUACCAUCGUUAUUAUCACUUGUACUUGUGGUGGAAUGGAAUGUAUUUUUAAAGAAAAAGGCGAUGAUGCCAAAAUGGUGAUGAAAUUAUUGGGUUUCAAUGUUUCUGAAGAUGUUGUGGAUGAAGAGGUUUCAGCAGCUACUGAAGAUGUUGACGAUGAUAUUGAUAAUUUUGAUGUAUUUUUGGGAUCUAUCACUAUGUGA